ACUUGGCGAUCGACAGGGGAAUUGUGUUUCGGGGCAACGCGUGUCGACGUGCCGGCUGUUCCUGGCACGUGGGCAUGUGAUGACGGACUGGCCUGGCUUGCUUUUCUGUAGCAUUCUGAAACUUCCUCCACGCUUCGCUCCAACUCUACGUGUCGAAGCAUUUGGCAGGCUUAUAUCUUGGGCGCUCGAUUUGGAGGUGGCGACGAUGGGCACACCGGUACAUUGCGAUUGCCACAACGCCUAAGUGGCUCAUUCCUACACCUCACUCUCGGAGACUACGAACCGCAGCAACGACAUUGAGACUACAGUACAGUCUAUUACCCAGCAGACCGGCCGAGAGAUGGAGGAAACGCUAGGCGACCUCAAAGCUAAGCUGCAGGCACAGCGAUAUCCGGAAGCACAGAAUGGAGUACCUGAAUACGCUGCGCCUACGUCACACGCUGGGGCGGAAAAGCGACCGUUGAUUGAUCAGGUCACGAAUCCAUGGCAGCAAGAGAAGCGACCGACAUCCGAUGAUACUGAAGACGACGACGAGCGAGAAUUUGGUUGCUGUGACUUGGAGAACGACAGGAGUUGCCCGAAUACCGCACGCAAGCUCGUUGCCUCCCGUCGCGCGCGCAGGAUGUUUGCACUAUUACUUCUCUUCGCACUCGCCGCCUACUAUGCAUGGACCAGAUAUCUGCAGCCGAUAGUGGAAGAAGAGUGGGCAUACAAAGAAGGUUUCAUGUCUCAGGAUAACGGCACAUAUGGGAUCGCUCGUGGUGGCCAUGAUAGAGACCUGGUACGGAUUAAGAGCCUCGAUCCUGCAUUUCUGCCUGGCGGACCGGCCGAUCCAGAGGGCGAGAGAAGAUUGGUAUUUAUCGGCGACAUCCACGGCUGCAAGAAAGAGUUGUUGAAAUUGCUCAAGAAGGUCGACUUCAACGAGAAGACAGAUCACUUGAUCCUGGUGGGAGACACAGUCACAAAAGGUCCGGACAAUCUGGGAGUGCUUGACGAGCUGAUUCGUUUGAAUGCCACCAGUGUGCGCGGCAACCACGAGGACCGCCUUCUACAUGUUGCUAAGAAGCUCCAUGUACAAGAGCCACUGCCAGUCGAAGCUACCAGCAGCAAAGGCCUCGCGAAAGAUGCGGCCCUUGUGCGACAGCUCGAGCCACGCCAUCUGGCCUACAUGCGAGAUAUGCCAUUGAUGCUGCACGUCCCUCGGCUCCCUAUGGCGCGUGGACCAACCAAGAAGUCCAACUCGCCAAUCACCGAGCACAUCAUCGUGGUCCAUGCUGGACUGGUUCCUGGUGUCAGCCUCAAGAAACAAGAUCCUUACUUUGUCAUGAACAUGAGAUCCAUCAACCGCCGAACUCUCGUGCCUUCGGCAGUCCGUGAUGGCAAGAAUGCGAAACCUUGGUACAGUGUCUGGUGUUGGUACAACGAUCGGAUUUUCAAGGGGCGUUCGAUGGAAGGCCUCAUCACGACCGAUGACUUCGCAGACGAUGAGUCUGCAACAGAGGUGCCAGUCGGACUAUUUGGUGGACUCUGGAAGAACUUCUUUGGCAAGAAGAAGUCGCACGCACGUCCACAAGUCGUCAUCUACGGCCACGAUAGCAAGACUGGACUUGUCAUUAACAGGUGGUCCAAAGGAUUGGACUCGGGUUGUGUCAAUGGCGACAAAUUGACUGCACUUGUGCUCAAUGCGAAGGGUGAGCAAGAGUUGUCGCACGUGAAGUGUAAGAACUAUCGCGAUUGAGCUGGCACGAUUGUCCCUCGUUUUAUUUCGUGUUCUAUUGCGUUCAAGCGAGGCGUUUGAUGAAUCGGAACUACACUAGACUCGAUACCCCUUAAGAGACUAUAGAACUGCAAAAAUGCAUUGCGUGUACCUUAGCCGGUACUGGCAUCUAAUUUAUAGAUUUCCCAUGCAAGCC